UUGAAAGAAAACCUCUGGAGAUAAACCUCUAACGAUUUUCUUCCUGAGACUACAAACUCUGUUUUACAUGGCAAAUAUAACCGAUUCUUAUUUUCUACGCUCUCGCUCGUUUACUUUACCUGAAGUCACUGAAUAAAACAAGUACUUUUUAGUUCAUCCUCACUGGUUACAGAUUGUGUUGGCAGUUGCAAAGGUUUCUCACUACUCUUCGGCUUCGCACACAAAGAACCAAAUAAAAGGUUUCAUCCCUUAACUUGUUCCAAAUUUUGUCUUUUGUCUUUUGAAAACAUUUCAAUCUUGUUCUAUUUGGAGGAACAACGAACAAGGUUGUUAAUUUUACUAUUUUGCUAAAUAAAAUGCAAGCUUUAGUUUCAGCGAAGUUUCUUUUGCUCGUUGGAGAAUCAUUCCCUAUGAGAAGGGCUUUAAUCAAUUCUAGGUUUUCUUGGUUUCAUAAUAGUGUUCAAUGUAAGAGCAAUCACGAUUCUCUCACACUUUCAAGCAUUGGUUUUAAAAGUAGUGAAAUUGAACCUAAGAUUACAACUAAUAAAUUGAAUAAGGUUAAGCCAUUAGGUUCUUCUUCCUCUGAGGCUAUCAAGAGUAAGAGAAAACCCAUUGGAAUUAGUGAGAAAAAAGGAGUUAGGGUUAUUGAGAAAAAACAGCAAAUAGAGAGUGCCCCUUUUGCUGCUAAGUCGUUUUCGGAACUCGGUGUUCCGGAUGUGUUGAUUAAGAGGCUAGAAAAUGAGGGUUUCAAUGUUCCUACUGAAGUUCAGUCUGCUGCUGUUCCUACCAUUUUGAAGAAUCGCGAUGUCAUAAUUCAGUCGUAUACCGGUUCAGGUAAAACAUUGGCUUAUCUGCUUCCUAUUUUAUCGGUUAUUGGGCCGUUGAGAGGCGAGAAUCGUGAAGGUGAAGGUGAAGGUGAUGGUGGUGAGUCCGGAAAGAAAUUAGGAAUUGAAGCGGUUAUUGUUGCUCCUUCUAGGGAACUUGGAAUGCAGAUAGUGAGGGAGUUUGAGAAGAUAUUGGGAAUGGAUAAUAAGAAAGUGGUUCAGCAGCUUGUGGGAGGUGCGAACCGAACAAGGCAGGAAGAAGCUCUUAAGAAAAAUAAACCUUCCAUUGUUGUUGGUACGCCUGGUAGGAUAGCCGAGCUCAGUGCGAGUGGGAAACUUCGAACGCACGGCUGUCGAUAUUUGGUAUUAGAUGAAGUUGAUGAGCUUCUGUCGUUCAAUUUCCGCGAAGACAUGCAUAGGUUAUUGGAGCAUGUAGGGAGGAGAUCUGGGGCAGACCUAAAUUCAAAGGCUAAAAAGGCUGAGCGUCAGUUAAUUAUGGUAUCCGCAACUGUGCCUUAUUCGGUUGUAAGGGCUGCUAAAAGCUGGGGUUCUGACCCACUUAUUGUUCAAGCUAAGAAAAUUGUACCACUUGAAACUUUGUCUCCUGAGCCGGUCAAUUUGUCAACUUCAUCACCAAGCUCGAGUCCUAACUCCUCUGUGCCGUCUAAGGCUACGGUAGAGAGUCUACCUCCAGCAUUGAAACACUAUUACUGUGUAGUGAGGUUGCAGCACAAAGUUGAUACAUUGAGAAGGUGUAUUCAUGCAUUGGAUGCCAAAUUUGUUAUAGUUUUCAUGAAUCAUACUAAGCAGCUAAAGGAUGUUGUCUACAAGCUGGAGGCCCGUGGUGGGAUGAAAGCUGCAGAGUUACAUGGUGAUCUCGGGAAGCUUGGUCGGUCGACGACUCUGAAGAAGUUCAAGAACGGAGAGGUUAGAGUUCUUGUGACAAAUGAAUUAUCGGCUAGAGGUUUGGAUGUGGCAGAAUGUGAUCUUGUGGUUAAUCUGGACUUGCCGACGGAUUCAAUUCACUAUGCGCACCGAGCCGGUCGAACUGGUCGGCUUGGUAGGAAUGGUACAGUGCUAACCAUAUGUGAAGAGCCAGAGGUGUUUGUUGUGAAGAAAUUGCAGAAGCAACUUGAAAUACCGAUAACAUGCUGUGAUUUUGUGGAGGGAAAGCUUCUUGUUACUGAAGAAGAGAAUACACUAAGCAUCACUUCUUGAAGAUGAGGUCUUCUUGCUCCAUUCUUGCUGCUAUAUUUCAUGUAUCUGGCCAAUGCCUAUGAUAGCAAAGUAAUUUUUGAAAAUUGCGACACACGCACACAUAGACACAAACCUAUAUAGCAUUGAUACUUCAGAUUGAAGACAUGUCCGCCACAUAUCAGUGACAAACACCAACAUAUGUAGUUAUGUUCAAUUACUUCUAUUUUUUUCAAAUUAUUGUCGAUGCCGACAUGUCGGUUUCAAUUAUGUGUAUGUGUCCAUGCUUCAUCGACAAACACAGACAAAAAUAUGUGGUCCUUGAACGGAGAGUUUUAAUGUUUGAAAAUGGAAUACAUUUGAUCCCUUCAAUUCAA